AUGCCCCAACAAUCAGUUUCGUUUACGGAUGACCCAGUGAAUGACAACUUUGAUCCUACUGCAUUGCUUGCAACUGAUAACAAUUAUAGUGACAAAGUUAAUUUGUUAUACGAUCAUAUUCGUGCCAUUGCAACUCUCUAUCGAGGAGGAAAGUAUACACUUCCUUUCGAACCACGAGAAAAAUUGCUCCAUUCAUUGGAUGCGUUACGGCAAUUGGCUCUUCAGGGCCCGGAUUACAUCCCGAAACCAGCCACAAUUGAGGCUGAGGUGAAUACAUCAAUAGUGGUCUGCUGUGAAGUUAUUCAUAACCCACCUAUUAUUUCAUCUCUGCAGCAAGUUCCUUUAGUUCCAAAUCCCUCUGCUUUGCCUUCUCCAGCUCCUGGACACUCUUACGCACCUGCAUUACAGCAAUCCCUUCCGCCAGCUCUUACACCUACUUUACUAAUAUAUCCAAAAGAGAACACAACUAGCAGGAAGCUUAGAGAUAAACUUUCCCAGGAAUUUCCUUUGCCGAAACUUGGAGUCCAAGUUAAACGGAUCAAACCUAUCCAACGGGGUGGAUUGGCGGUGGUCUGCCAGUCGGAAGAAGAUCGGAAAAAAUUAACAGCUACUUUAACGUCUGAUCACGCAGCUACAUUUGUUAACGUAAAGAAUCCCACAACAAAAAAACCCCUUAUUGCAAUUCAUAAUUUAUCCCCAGAUCUGACACAGGAGGAUUUACAGCUUACCAUACAAGAAGACUUUGGCCUCACUAGUGACGAAGUUAAACUUAUAUUUCGUCUAAAGCAGCGACGCAAUGUCAAGUGGGUUGCCGAGUGCAGCCCAAGGGCAUAUCAAACCUUCAUGUGCAACCCUCGCAUCUACAUCGGCUGGCAAGGCCACCUUAUCACUGAGCACUUUAAUGUCAAAAGAUGUUUCAAGUGCCAACGUUUUGGGCACCUGCAAAAAGACUGCCGCAGCGUCCACUAUUGCGCAUUGUGUGCUGGACAACACGAUACCAAGGACUGUUCGGCCGAUGCCGAUACAGCACAGCAGCAUGCAUCAAUUGCAUCGAUUAUAACAACGGCAGCAGAUAUCAAGUCAAGUCCCGAUUGA